ACACGAGCCACCAGGCCCGCUCGGUGUCCAGCCGGCCCUACUACAGCCUGCCCAACAGCAGCCAUGAGCGCCGCUCGGUGCUGGCCAUGGCGGAGCCGCCGCGCUUCCACGCGCAGGCCAAGGGCAAGAACGUGCGUCUGGACGCGCACUCACGCCGGGCCACGCGCAGGAACAGCUUCUGCAACGGCGUCACCUUCACCAACCGGCCCAUCCACCUGUACGAGAAGGUGCGCCUCAAGCUGGUGGCCGUGCACCACGGCUGGAGCGGCGCCCUGCGCUUCGGCUUCACCAUCCACGACCCGUCGCAGAUGAGCUCCGAGGAGAUACCAAAGUACGCCUGCCCCGACCUCGUCACCCGCCCCGGUUACUGGGCCAAGGCUCUGCCCGAGCGCUUUGCGGUCAGGGACAAUAUUUUGGCCUUCUGGGUGGACCGGCACGGCAGAGUUUUCUACAGUAUUAACGAYGAGGAGCCCAUCUUGUUUCACUGUGGUAUCAAAGUCUCCGGCCCGCUCUGGGCGCUCAUAGAUGUCUACGGCAUCACCCACGAGGUGCAGAUCCUAGACAGCAUGUUUGCAGAGACCAUGAGCAGCGCCCGKCUCAGCAGCGCCCGCCUCAGCACUUGCCUUCCGCAGAGCAACCACGACUCGGCCAACUUCAACAACAACGAGCUGGAGAACAACCAAGUGGUGGCCAAAAUCGCCAACCUCAACCUGAGCCGGGUCCCGGGGCUCGGCACUGACAACCACAUCAUCCCCUGCUGCCCCAACCGGCGGCAGCACGCCCAGGGACUGCCGGCUUUCCUGGACACRGACCUGCGCUUCCACCCCACGCGCGGCCCCGACAUCACCUUUUCCCAGGACAGGAUGGUGGCCUGCACCAACUGGCAGGAGAGCAGUAGGACUUUGGUGUUUUCCGACCGGCCUUUGCACAUCGGGGAGAGYCUCUUUGUGGAAGUGGGACACUUGGGGCUGCCCUACUACGGGGCCCUCUCGUUCGGCAUCACUUCUUGCGAUCCGAGCACUUUACGGACAAACGAGCUCCCGGCGGAUCCGGACUUUCUGCUGGACCGCAAGGAGUACUGGGUGGUUUACAGAGCGUUCCCRGUCCUCAACAACGGUGACAUCCUCAGCUUCAUGGUCCUGCCCAACGGGGAGGUGCACCACGGGGUCAACGGCGCCAGCCGGGGGAUGCUGAUGUGCGUGGACACCUCGCAGUCMCUCUGGGUGUUUUUUACAAUCCACGGUGUGAUCAACCAGCUCAAAAUCCUGGGCACGGUGCAGUCCAGCCCGGUGACGGUGUCUCCCUCAGGAUCCCCCGGUGGCUCCCAGUACGACAGCGACUCGGACAUGGCCUUCAGCGUCAACAGGUCAUCGUCAGCCUCAGAGUCCUCACUGGUGACUGCCCCCAGCUCCCCCCUGAGCCCUCCCAUCUCUCCCGUCUUCUCCCCUCCGGAGCCAUCGAGCAGCAAGAACGGCGAGUGCACCGUUUGCUUUGACAGCGAGGUGGACACGGUGAUCUACACCUGCGGACACAUGUGCCUCUGCAACACCUGUGGUCUUAAGCUGAAGAAGCAGCUCAACGCCUGCUGCCCCAUCUGCCGACGGGUCAUCAAAGACGUGAUUAAAAUCUACCGCCCGUAGCUGCGGGAAGGGGCAGCGCCGCUCGCAAACCACGCCUUUCCGUCCCUGCUUCUGGGUUAUCGUGCUGGUCAGUCGUUAUCAAGUGGCUCGUUAUCUGUGUUUCCUUAUUUGACUGCUAGGGCACAAUUCAGGGAGCGAAGCUGAGCAUCGUGCGGGCACGGCUGCGGUGCCGGCCCGGGGAUCGCCGGGACCCGAGGCAGCUGCAAAUGAGAAAUUUCCCGUGCCAAGGCUGUUUUAUCCCUCCUCCCGCUGCGGGGAAAGCUGGCUGUGGGGUGGGUUGGGAUGGGGAGGUUGGCACUUGGGCAGUGCCAGGUGCCACUGGGCUCCCGACCCUAAAAUUUGGCUCUGGGCUGCUGCCAGGGGCUUUGUGCUGUGGUGGAGCAAAACUGGGAUAAGGAUCUGCGGGAGGGAACAAAGGGGACAGGAUCCAUCUGGAAAUGUCACGUAAGAACUAGCUCAGGCCAGCUCAUGGCACAGCCACAUUGUCACUUGUUUGGGUUUCAUCCCCACAAACAGCCUCGUGGGGACAUGGAGAUGCUGGUCUGGGACAGAUGAAGCAGCCUUUUGUUUUUGGGGCAGAACAGGAGCUUUUUGAGAGCCAGGGAGCUGCCCUGGGGUAGCAGUGAGGGACACGAACCCACCCCGAGCCCGGGCAGCCCCUGCAGCGAUGGAGCUGUGAGGAGAGCUCAGGCCGGCCCUGCUGCCUUCUGAAGCCAUAAACUGCAGCCUGUGGGUGGCAGGGGGUUUGGAUGGGCACAYUGCAGCCCUGCCUUGGGCAAUGAURGCUUUGUCACCUCCACACAUUUUGCUGUGCCCUCCUGGCUGGUGGCACAGCUGCCGUGUCACCCCAUCCUCAACCUCCCCCUGCAGCCGGUGCCAUGGCAGGGCUCAGCCUUCCUCCUGCCCCACCAUGGGGAUUUUUCUUUUUGAGCCUGUGGUGAGAAAUUAAUUUCUGACCCAGUCCCAACAGGCUCAUUUUUAUUUUCUGGGGCUGUCUGUGCUGAUUUUACCUGUUUUCUCCUGCCUUUSCAGGUUUCCCAGCACAGCUCCCAGYUGCCUGCACGCUGGGUCUCAACUGUAGAUGAGACCUUGUUGAGAAAAACAGGGACUAUCUCACUUGGCUUUACUUAGGAGGAAAGAAAAAGGCUCUGAGGCUGGUAUUAGAUGUUGGGAUUUCAACGGUAAAUGGGUUUUGGGUGUGGUGUCAGCGACAGGCAGCAGCUGGAGGAGCUGGGCUGGGYUGAGGAGCUCAGCAUCCUUCUUCCCUGCCCUCCAUCCUCCAUCCUCUGCCCCCUGCACAYCCCUUUGAGUCCUUCAGCCUGAGCCCAGCCAGUUUCCAGCUGCUCCAGGCUCAUCCAGAGGGGAAAAGAGAGGAUGGAAAUGGGAGGAUGAGAGCGGAGCUGUGUCACCGCAGCUUGGUGACCGUGUGCCACCGAGGGCGUAACAACAGCUUUCAGAAAGGUGCAAUUACCACAUUUGAGUCUGGAGAAAGGAAAAAUGGAUCAACAACUGUACAUUUCGGGGCUUCUGGGUGCAGCCUGAGGGAUGUGUGGCCACCCCCUCUCUCCUCCAGGGCUGUG